AUGGCGGCGAAUGAACCGACACCGGGGCCUUCGAACGCGAAAAAGUGUAGGAAGAGUGACCAAUAUACUGACCAUGAGUUACUACGUGUGUUAGAAGAUAGUGAUGUAGAGUUCAGAGAGGACGAACCAGAUGAGGGUGACUGGCAUUUGGAGACUGCAGAAACAGACCACAGUGAUGACAGUGUGGAAGCAGAACUGUCCAGUAUGUUUCGUGACAGUUCGGAAUCGGACGAUACGGGCGACGAUGAUGAGGAAAUCGCCGACGAUAAAGAACCAGCGCUCGCAGAGAUGACGGGUGGUGAAGUUUCCAGCAUUUCGGGGAAUGUAGACGACAGGCCACAAAAUACUCUUGAAGCAUUUCCACCUUUACUCAGGAAAGACACUGUAGACAAUCCGGCUGGAAAAAGUAGUAUAACCACUAACAAGAGACGUCGAACUUGUGACGGCAGUAGCACAGAUGAAGAAGAUAUCAACCUAUCGCUGAAAGUUGUAGGUGACAUUCAGAAAACAGUACUGGAAACUGUUUCAGACAAUAUUGUCAGCAUAGAUUCGAACUCUGAGUCCAGUACAUCACUAGACAGAUCGAAUAUGCUAGCAUCACCUGAACAGGUCGAAGUGACAUCAGAGUCCCAUUCUGUAGCGCUGGACGCGCCAGUAGAUGGCAAUGCGCUGCUAUUGGUGACGCCACAACCCCGCGCUGCAGUACCCGUACGUCAAUCAAUGCAGACAGAUUCACUCGCAGAUGCAACUGAAAGCAAACAUGACGAGGUAGCGAGUGAUUGUCAGCAACAGGCGACGUCACAGCCAAAAUCCCAAGACGAAGAAGCGGAGUUUUACAACAACAACACACAAACAGUAAACGAAAGUGUUCAUAGAAGUGAUGGGGCAUUGGAAGAGUGUUUGCAAACUGAUUCUGCGCCGCCUUUGGCAGAUGAGAUGGUGGCACACGACUGCCCCUCAGAUCCACCGACACCGCUCUCGGUAGAAAACUGUUCAGGUGGUGGGCGGAGCAGACAUUCGGUGAAGGCUAGUGUCAAUGCAAACCGCAAGAAAAGUAAAAAGAAAGGUUCUAAUGCAAACCGUGACGGUGGUCUCCAGUCAGAUUCUCAGGAAGUAUCCGGCAUGGAGUGGCAUGAAAUGAUAGACUAG